AUGCAGCAGAUGUUACGCAUUACCAAGGGGCAACUGGAUGGCAACUCUGUAACUCUACUGAGAGCUGAUCAUACAAACUCCCACCUGAACAGCAUCUUGAUUCUACAAGAGAGGUGCACUGACAGAUCUGGUGCAAUGGUCGUGUAUGCCCCAGUGGACUUCCCGGCAAUGCAGCUUGUGAUUGGUGGAGGGGACUCGACGAAUGUGGCACUCUUGCAAUCUGGUUUCGUCAUUCUGCCUGAUGGGUCUAGCUCUAGCGCCGGUGGGGUUGGGCACAAGACAUGUGGAUCGCUGCUCACGGUUGCAUUCCAGAUCCUUGUGAACAGCCAGCCCACGGCAAAGCUCACGGUGGAGUCAGUGGACACCGCGUACAACCUCAUCUCUUGUACCAUCGAGAAGAUCAGGGCGGCACUUCACUGCGACGUUUGA